AUGGCUUGCAAGUUGAGACAUUGUCGGCAGAGCCACUUUCGAACAGUUCCAAGCUACGCCCUCUCGAGAACUUCUGACCUGCGCUGGUUGGUGGACGAUGUUGGCAAUGCCUGGGUGGCAGGCGACACGCGUAGCUCCCUGGAUGGGCACGCCAACGCGGGCUCGUAUGACAUCUUUCUGAUGAAAUUCGAUGCCCAGGGUGUCCACCUGUGGACGCGCCAGCGCGGUGGUGGGAGCUGGGAUGAGGCUCGGGCUCUGGAGGUGGACGAUGUUGGCAAUGCCUGGGUGGCAGGCGACACGCGUAGCUCCCUGGAUGGGCACGCCAACGCGGGCUCGUAUGACAUCUUUCUGAUGAAAUUCGAUGCCCAGGGUGUCCACCUGUGGACGCGCCAGCGCGGUGGUGAGGGCCGUGACUAUGCUCGGGCUCUUCAGGUGGACGACGUUGGCAAUGCCUGGGUGGCAGGCGCCACGUAUAGCUCCCUGGAUGGGCACGCCAACGCGGGCCGGGAGGACAUCUUUCUGAUGAAAUUCGAUGCCCAGGGUGUCCACCUGUGGACGCGCCAGCGCGGUGGUAAGGGCAGUGACGGUGCUAACGCUCUGCAGGUGGACGACGUUGGCAAUGCCUGGGUGGCAGGCCACACGGAAAGCUCACUGGAUGGGCACGCCAACGCGGGCGACCCUGACAUCUUUCUGAUGAAAUUCGAUGCCCAGGGUGUCCACCUGUGGACGCGCCAGCGCGGUGGUGAGGGCAGUGACUAUGCUUACGCCGUUCAGGUGGAUGUGAACGGCCAUGCCUGGGUGGCUGGCUUCACGCGAAGCUCCCUUGAUGGACACAGCGCUGGCGGAAACGACAUCUUACUGAUGAAAUUUGAUGGCGAAGGCGUCCACCAAUGGACUGACCAACGCGGUGGUAAGGGCGAUGACGUUGCUCGUGCCCUCCAGGUCGAUCCCACGGGCACUGAUGCUUGGAUAGCUGGCUGGACAACAAGCUCCCUGGAUGGGCACAGCAACGCUGGCGGAAGGGACAUCUUUCUGAUGAAGUUUCAAGCCAGUACCCCAACUUCCAGCUGGACAACGUCAACGACGAAGCCGUCAACCAGUAUCAGCAGACCAAGAUCCACAACGAAAUCAUCAACCAGCACAGCAUCAGUGACGACCGAAUCAGCCAGCGCAAGCGCAGAAGAAGCUCGACCGGCUCUAUCGGCAUUGCCAGUGUCACAGCUGGAGGUCGAACAGCAAACAUCAACCACGACUGCCUCAGCCGAUGUCGAGAACUGGAAUGUCCAAUCGAUUGAUUUGGGCGCAAACACCGCCAGCACAUCAAGUGAAGAUGAUUCGACUGGAUUGCUGGUGGCUGUGGUGGUGCUGCCAUUGCUGACGGCGUGCCUUUGUGCCUCCCUGGGCAUUUGCUGUUACCGCGCGAAGCUCCGCCAGCUGCGAGGUGCCGAAGCAGAGCCUCAAGUCCCAAAUCCACUGGCGAUGCUGCCGCCCCUUGCGUGGUCUGUGAAACCUCUCAUUUUCUCAUGGAAUUCCAGGAUGACUGCGGAAUGGCCACGGGGAAAAGUUCAGAAGCUUUCGGUGAGCGAGACGGCUUUUGAAUUGAGUGGUCGCCAGUUUCAAUUUCGACCAGGGCAAGUUCGACAUUUUACCUGGGAAGAUGGAACUGUCCAGACGGUGCAGAGUAUUCAAAAGAACGUUGUGUGGUGGAGCACGCAGCAUCCCCAUCCUGCUUGGCAACGCUUCAGGUGGGUUUGCACUCCAAAAUGCCAAAUCGAAAAUCACCACGACAUGGAGCUCACAGACUCGGCGGACUCGGGUGAUGGCUACAGAUGCACAUCGUGCUCGCGCCUCCGAGCUGGAAAGCACUGGUACUGCCCGCAGCAUCAGGUGCACGUGUGCCCAGUUUGCGCAGAGCUGCCACCUGAGAUGCCCACCUUGGGGUUGGCAGCCACGUAUUUGGUGGACGUUUUUCCACCUUUGGCCCGCAGAGUGACCAGAGCUGAGAAUCCAAAUUUCUACGAUAUUUGCCCAAACUUGGCACACGGGUCGGCCGGUAUGGGUUACAACAGGACAUGUCCCAGAGAUGGAAGGCCCCACUGCAGCAUUGUGGACGCGUUGGAAGAUGCAUACAGUGGAAAGGUCACGCACUUCGUUUCAUGGUGCUGGGCAUAUUCCUUGAAUGAUGUCGUCAGUGCCAUUGAGCGAUGGGUGCAAAAGUCCAAUGAAGAUGCACGGAACGUCUUCCUGUGGAUGUGCUUCUUCUGUAAUAACCAGUAUCGAAUCAAAGAGGAGGCGACUCAAACAGGAAGCGACGAUCUGAAAGAAAUCUUCGAAUCCCAUCUGGUGGAAGCGGGACAUAUGUUGGUGCUGCUCGAUACCAUUGUGCAGCCGACCUACGUGAAAAGGGCCUGGUGCAUCUUCGAAAGCUACGUGUGCAUCACGCAGGAGAUACCAAUGAACAUCAUACUCCCCUGCGCGGUUGAGACCUUUUUCAAGGAAACUAUGUCAGCGGGCAGGAUCAAUGUGCUGACUGACGCCGUGGAUACUCUCAAUGUUCGGCAUGCCAGGGCGGGAUCCGAAAAGGACGAGGACUUGAUCAAAAGAAUCAUCCUCACCACCACGGGUUUCGAUGCAGUGAAUCAUGCUGUGAAAUCGCGGCUGAUAGACCAGUUUACAGUUUUGUUUCGCGAACUUUUUACGCCGCAACCGUCCUGA